UGUGACAAUGCCUUGAGGGUCCUCACCAGAAGUGAGUAUACAUUACUACUGUGUACUUGAAGACCCAGACCUAUGAUGCAUGUUAAAUAAAUGGAAAUAUCGCUUCAUUUGGUUUCCUAUGAUAAAAACACACCUCAAAAUCAUUGUAAACGAAAAGAAUGUACUGGUCCUGGUGAACUGACCCUCUAGUCAAGUUGACAGUUGUUUCCUUGUAGCAAGUUAACAGGUCUCAAGGAAUUUUGCUGUUUGACUCCAGUUACUGCUGCAAUAAUAAGAAGAAAAGAAUUGUGACAUCAUCGACAUUCCUUGCCAAGGUAGCAAGGAAUAGUUACUUCUAGAUAGACUACAGAAAGCCAAGGUCUUCACUGGGACGUGGCCUAGUGAGGCAAAACCAGAGAUCAUUAUGGAUGACAAACUUCAUAGUGUAAAAGUCUUUGUGUUGGUGGAAGAUGAGCAAUGGAAAAUCAUAGGUACAGGACAAAUUUCAUCCAAAUACAUUGAACGGCUCCAGGGUGUGUGCCUGCUUGUUCACUCAGAAUCAGAUGGCUCACAGAUUAUGGAGUGCAAGAUAUAUCCUAAUGUGCCCUAUCACAAACAACGAGGGGAGAUAAUCGUUUGGUCUGAAGCUAAGAACCAUGGCAUGGCAAUAUAUUUCCAGGAACCAAGUGGUUGUCAAGAGAUCUGGGAAGAUAUAUGCCAAGUUCAAGGUAAAGAUCCAAGUGUAGAAAUCACACAAGAAGUUACGGAUGAUCUGGAAACUUUUGCAGAUCUCCUGCCAAUAGGGAACCUGUUUGAAAUGCCAAACUGUGAACUCAAUACACUUGAACAUAUUGCAGAUUUAUUUACUUUUGUUGAUAAAACACCAAACCACAGGGAAAGGAUGGCAAUGGUCUUGGAAAAAGGAAGUUACAUUAAAAAAUUGCUACAGCUUUUCAACACCUGUGAAAAACUGAAGAACAUGGAAGCCUUACACUUUUUGAAUAACAUCAUUAAAGGAAUCCUUUUUCUAGAUGAUACACGUUUGCUUAAUAUCAUGUUUUCUGAUGAAUUUUUCAUGGAUGUGGUUGGAUGCCUUGAAUAUGACCCUGCUUUGGAUCAACCAAAGCAAUACAGAGAAUUCUUGCUUCAAAAUGCAAAAUUCAGGGAAAUUAUGCCAAUAACAAACUCCCAACUUAGGCAAAAAAUACAAGAGACCUACAGAAUGCAAUAUGUUUAUGAUAUUGUGUUGCCUGCACCAUCCAUAUUUGAUUCAAAUCUUCUUUCUGAUCUUAAUGCUAUGAUUAUUUUCAAUAAAAGUGAAAUAAUUACCAUGCUUCAGGAUGAUGAAAACUUUUUGCUUGAAGCUCUUUCUCAGUUAAAAGAUAACACUGUAGGUUAUGAGAGAUGGUAUGAAUUAUUAUUAUUCUUCAAGGAAUUCUGCAUAUUUGCUAAGGCAUUAGAGAAUCAAGAGAAAGAUGAAUUACUGAAAACACUAAUAAAGUUAGGAAUCAUGAGUGCUCUGAAAGUUUUAGUACACAUGCAUGAUUACCAAAUACAAAAGGCUGCUCUAGAUAUAUUUCCUUAUCUAGUAGAAUAUAAUCCAUGCCUUGUUCGAGAGUAUCUACUGGAAGAAGCUCAGGAUAGUGAAGAUAAUGAUGAGCUUCUCAUUAAUGUAAUGAUCAAACAAAUGAUCUAUGAUCCUGAUCCUGAAUUUUCAAAAGACAUCAUUUUGCCAGCAGUUCUCCGUGCCCUUCUUGAUCCAGAAAAUAUGCAUGUCACAGCCAAUGGAUGUGAAAAAGCAAAAUUUCUCAAUUUCUUCUAUGCACGUUGCAUGGGUAACCUCAUAGCACCAAUUUUGUCUACCACAGUGGAAAACGACACUGAUGAUAAUAUGGUUAACAUCUGUCCUAAUUAUCAAAAUGCACAAUUGCUGGGAGUAAUUUUAGAAAUACUUACUUUUUGUGUACAAUACCACUCAACAUAUAUGAAAAAUUAUAUUUUGAAUAACAACUUGCUCAGCAGAAUCCUGAUGCUAAUGAGUUCAAAGCAUACAUUUCUGAUUUUGUGUGCUGUCCGGUUUAUGAGAAAGAUUAUUAGUCUUAAAGACGAAAUUUACAAUCUUUACAUAAUUAAGAAAAACCUGUUUGAACCUAUUGUAAAUGCUUUUAUGCAUAAUGGAACUCGGUACAAUAUGUUAAAUUCAGCUAUUAUUGAGCUAUUUGAAUUUAUAAGACAAGAAAACAUCAAGUCUCUUAUUGCAAACAUUGUGGAAAACUUUUUUAUUGCUUUCGAAUCAAUUGAGUAUGUCCAGACAUUUAAAGGGUUAAAAACUAAAUAUGAAGAGGAAAAGAAGAGAGAAAGUGGAAUAAGAAGAAAUUUAUACAAUGUAAUAUACCAGAAAAUAUACUGCAGACAUAUCAAAGUUAUGGAGUUAAAAGUCAAGGCAGACAUAUGUUGUAGAGAAAUCACAGAAGAAGAAGGAGCUAUUCUACCAAUGGGAAAAGAAUUUCCAAGUCAUUAUGACAUAAUCAUGAAAAUUAAAGAGACAAAUGAAAAUGAAAAUGUAAUAGAACACCCAAAAAGCAAUGAAACUUCUAAAUGUUCAUCAUCUUGUGGUGAUGCUUCUUCUAACAAAAUGAGUAUGGUUCACUGUAGCAGCCUGGUUCCUUUAGUGGAUUACCCAUAUGAUACUGAUGGUGAGAGUGAUGAUGAUCCUUAUGGUAAUGAUGAAAAUGACGAUGAAGACAAAGACAACGAGCCCCUGAGUAAAAGACCUAAUCUUAGUUCAUAAAAUCACAUGAGGCCUACAACUCUUAGCUCAAAUAUAAUUCUAUAAAUACCACAAACUGAAAAAUCUAGUUAAAAAAUCUUUUGCCUAUUGACAUUUAAAUAUAGUAGUAUACAGAGCCAAAAUAAUGAAUAAGAGGCCUCAAUUUUAUACAAAGAAAACCUCCCAUAAUAUCGAUGCAUAGUAUAAAAUAAAGAGCAACUGACCAAUAACUUCUUAUCAAGAACAUCUUACUUUACCAACAUGGUUUGGGAGGAUGAAAGAGUUUGAUAAAGUAAUACAUUUUUUACUAAAGUCUUUAUAUUAGAAGCAACUGCAAAGGUUUUAUUGCAAAGCCUACUUUCAAAAAAGGAUCUAGCAAUGACAUUUAUCCAUAAACUGAAGUUUGUUUAAAAUAUCUUUUGUUGCAUUGAAGGCAAAGUUAUAUUAAUGUAAAAGUAAAGUGAUACUUUUCAAUAUUUCUGUGAACAUUUAACAGAACUUCAGCAUUGUGAAUAUUAAUAGGAAAAACAUUCAGUGUAAUUCAGUAUGUAUUUUCAUGAAUAAAGUGAUAUGCUUGAUCUUAAA